AUGCCUUCUCUUCCAAAAGAUUUCCAACUUGGCUUCGCAACGGCAUCGUACCAGAUUGAAGGUGCCGUCGCAGAAGAUGGUCGCGGUCCUUCAAUCUGGGAUGUCUUCUGCCAUCUUGAACCGACACGAACAAAAGGUGCAAAUGGCGAUGUUGCCUGCGAUCAUUAUCACCGGCUUGAAGAAGACCUUGAUCUUUUAAAGAGAUAUGGAUCUGAUAUGUAUCGCUUCUCGAUUUCGUGGUCUCGUGUUAUUCCUCUCGGUGGACGAGAUGAUGCUAUUAAUGAAGCUGGUAUUGCUUUCUAUAAUAGGGUUAUUGACGGGUGUCUGAAGAGAGGUAUCACGCCAUGGGUCACGCUUUAUCAUUGGGACUUACCGCAGGCAUUGCAUGAGAGGUAUGGUGGAUGGUUGGAUGUUGAAGAGUCUCAAAAGGAUUUCGAGAGAUAUGCGAGGCUUUGUUACGAGAGGUUUGGUGAUCGGGUGAAGCAUUGGAUUACACUCAAUGAGCCUUGGAUCGUCUCGAUAUUCGGCUAUGCGACUGGAGGAAAUGCUCCAGGGCGAAGCAGUAUCAAUCCUCAGUCGACAGAAGGUGACACCUCAACGGAACCAUGGAUCGUUGGCAAGGCUCUCAUCAUGAGCCACGCUCGUGCUGUCGCAGCCUACAACCAAGACUUCCGUCCAUCACAGAAAGGCCAAAUAGGAAUCUCAUUGAAUGGAGAUUACUACGAGCCAUGGGAUAGUAGCGACCCGCGAGACAGUGAAGCUGCUGAGAGACGGAUGCAGUUCCAUAUCGGUUGGUUUGCCAACCCCAUCUUCUUGGGACAAGAUUACCCAAAGUGCAUGCGCGAUCAGCUCAAAGACCGCCUCCCACAGUUCACAUCCGAUGAUCUCAAACUUCUUCGCUCAGCAGAAAGUGACUUUUAUGGCAUGAACUACUAUACCUCCCAAUUCGCACGCCACAAGUCCUCUCCAGCACCGGACACGGAUUACAUCGGCAACCUCGACGAACUCCAAACCAACAAGGCCGGCGAACCUGUCGGUUUGGAAAGUGGUCUGCACUGGCUCCGAUCUUGCCCAGACCUCUUCCGUAAACAUCUCACGCGGGUAUAUCGUCUUUACGGUAAACCUAUCAUCAUCACAGAGAACGGAUGUCCUUGCCCUGGGGAGGAUAAGAUGACGCGCGAGGAAUCUGUGCAGGAUGAGUAUAGGAUCAAGUAUUUUGAAGAUCAUCUUGACGCGAUUGGAAGGUCGGUUGGUGAAGAUGGAUCUGUUGUUGAGGGGUAUUUUGCGUGGUCGUUGAUGGACAAUCUUGAGUGGUCUGAUGGUUAUGGGCCAAGGUUUGGAGUGACUUUUACAGAUUACAAGACUUUGGAGCGGACGCCGAAGAAAUCGGCGUUGGUGUUGAGGCAGCUCGUUGAUCAUCGGAAGGGAAAAGACCGCGAUCAGAUAGAGCCCACAUGGUACAUCAAGAUACUGAAAACACCAUCAAUGCAGCGCAAGGCCAAUCUUGAAGAUAGGUUCCCUUAUCUAUGUAUCUCGAAAACCCAUGACCUUUUUGCUCAACAACUAGAUUCACUUUCAAUUUACUUUAUAAAGAUGGCUCGCAUUCUCAUUACUGGUUCCGCCGAUGGUUUAGGCCUUGAAGCUGCGCGGCAACUUGUCAAGCGCAAUCAUACCGUCUAUCUUCAUGCACGCAACGCUCAACGCGCAGCAGAUGCCAAAGCAAAUUGUCCUGGGGCAGCUGGUGCUUUUGCAGCGGAUCUGACACUCGUUUCGGAGACAAAAAGGCUCGCCGAGGAAGUCAACGCCGUCGGAACCUUCGAUGCAAUUAUUCAUAAUGCUGGCAUGAUGGCUGGACCAUUCCGGAAGACUCCCGACACCGGUAUUCCAGCUCAGACCGCCGUGAAUGUGCUCGCGCCUUAUAUCCUCACUUGUCUCUUAACACCUCCCAAGAGACUCAUUUACAUCGCGUCUCAAUUACACGCCGAGGCCGAUACAAGCGUCAAGGAUAUUUUCUGGCUCGAGCGAGGCGACUCUCAAUUCCAGGACUUUCCCGCAUACUGCGACUCAAAGCUUCAUGUCAUAUUGCUCGCAAACGCAGUCGCCAGGUGCUUCAACAACACAUCCGUCAUGUCUGUCCAUCCAGGCUGGGUUGCGACGAAACUUGGAGGUGAGGAUGGGCCAGAUAAGCUGGAGGAUGGAGUUGACACAUAUGUUAUGCUGGCUGAGGGAGAUUAUGAUCAAAGCUUGACAGGGAGAUAUUUUGAGCCCAAGAGGAAGCUAGCAGAGCCCACUCCUCAGUGUGGUGAGGUUGAGUUGCAGGAACGGGUUGUUGAUGCUUGUGAGAGAUUGGUGGGAUUGAAACUUCCUGGGAUCUAAGCUUGAUUAAUAGACAUGUUCGUAAUUAUCUUCUCUCACAUUAAAGAAGAUCAUCUUUUUACAC